AUGCCUCCCAAGAAGAAGGAUGAUAAGUCACAACAGUCACGCACAGUUCUCCUGGGUCGACCGGGAAGCAACCUAAAAGUUGGCAUUGUUGGACUUCCAAAUGUUGGUAAGUCAACCUUCUUCAAUGUUCUCUCUAAAAAGAGUGUUCCCGCAGAAAAUCGACCUUUUUGUACGAUUGAUCCAAACACUGCCGACAUCAACAUUCCUGAUGAACGGUUUGAUAAAUUGGUAAGGAUCAAUAAACCUGCUUCGGUUGUUCCUGCUCAGAUUCAUAUUCGGGAUAUUGCUGGCUUGGUUCGUGGGGCUAGCAAUGGAGAAGGUCUUGGUAACGCCUUUUUAUCUCACAUUAAUGAGUGUGACGGUAUCAUUCAUAUGAUUCGCGUUUUUGAAGAAACAGAAAUUACUCACGUGGAAGGUGAUUUGGACCCUGUGCGUGACUUGGAUAUUAUCUUCUCAGAAUUGGUUAUGAAAGAUCUACAGGUUGUCAAUGGGCUAAUUGAUAAGCUGACACCUAUAGUAAAUCGUGGCCUAGACAAGAGCAAAAAAAGUGAUUUAGAGAUUCUUGGGAAGGUAAAAGAGCACCUUGAAAAUGGAGAACAAGUUCGGUGUUGCCAAUGGAACGGUAAAGAGAUUGAUUAUCUCAAUACUUUGCAACUUUUAACAGCCAAACCGGCUGUCUUCUUGGCCAAUAUGUCUGAGAAAGAUUUUCUCCGGCAAAAAAGCAAGUGGCUUCCUAAAUUGAAGGAAUGGAUCGACCAACAUACUGGUGAGCCUCUUAUCCCGAUAUCAGCAGAGUUGGAAUCAAAUUUUCUUAAUAUGUCACCAGAAGAAGUGGAAGAGUUUUGCAAUACCAAUAAGACCAAAUCACAAGUACAUAAGGUAAUUACAACAGCAUAUCAUGCUAUUAAUUUGAUUCAUUUUUUUACUGCUGGUUCGGAUGAAGUGAAAUGCUGGACAAUUCAGCGAGGUACGAAAGCACCACAAGCAGCUGGUAAGAUCCACACUGAUAUGGAGAAGGGAUUUAUCUGUGCAGAGGUGAUUCACUGGGAAGACUAUGAUAAUUUGGAAAGUGAAGCUGCAUGCCGUGAGGCUGGAAAACAGCAUCAAGAAGGACGUAAUUAUGAAGUUCAAGAUGGUGAUAUCAUCUUCUUCAAAUUCAACGCUGCGAAGGGAGGUAAAAAAUAA